GACGACUGCGCCAUCUGUUUGCGACCCCUCUGCGCCAGCCGGCUCCGCGCCUCCGUCGGCGGGCUCCCGUGCGGCCACGUAUUCCAUUCCGGCUGCCUCGAUCUCUGGGCCGCCGGAAACAAGACCUGCCCGUACUGCCGCGCAGCAAUC